AGGGGGGAGGAUGGGUUGAAACUAUCUUGUCCUGUAUAUAUAGAGAGCUCCUCUUGGCCAGAUCACAGUCCAGCUGUUUAGCUGCAGAGAUGUUUCGAGCCCUGUCUGGUCAGAUGUGCCGGCUGUACAGGGCUAAACCAUCCGAUCAGCGAAACCUAUUCAGUAAGAAUCCCGAGGCCAAAAGUUGCGAUAACAAUUUGCUCCUGGAGAGAGUCAGAAGGUUGCACACAGUUCGUUACACCCAGAAAGUGCCAGGCCACAGACCCAGUCAAUUUGACAAAAGGAUCCUUCUGUGGUCUGGUCGUUUCAAGAACGCGGAGGACAUCCCUGCUUUUGUGUCGUUUGACAUGCUGAAUGCAUCAAGAAACAGGGCUCGAGUCAAGACGUGCUACAUAAUGAUCAUUCUAACCAUUAUUGCCUGUUUUGUUAUGAUUGCAUCUGGAAAACAGGCUGUUGAAAGGCAUGAAUCCCUGACCAGCUGGAAUCGAGCAAAAAAGGCAAGAUGGAGAGAGGAAGCUCUGCGUGAACAGGAGGUUGCUGGAGCUGUUUCUAUUAAAUCACAAUAAUUUAAAUGCUGGAAACAAAUCAAAUUGUUAAUUUGACCACUUAUUAAAAUGUAAUGUUCUGAUGUACAUCUUGAUCACACCGUUGGAAGACUCCCCCGAUGAGAUCAAGGAUAUGAGUAACCAUCAUUUGUGUUAAUGUUUUAGGUAGCAUUGGGACAGUUUCAAAGCUUUACGUAGAAAGAAGUUGGGCAAAGGAAGGCGGCAAUAAAUAGAAAUGUUUUAUAUUGUAAAGGCGUUAGGAUAUUUUUAAUUGAGAUAACCCUUAAAAUUCAAGGUUUAAUUGUUAAUCUGCUGCUUUUGAAUGUGCUUCAUCACAAACCUUUGUUCUACCAUGAAGUUAGAUCAGUACUAACUUGUGUCAUUUCUAGCAAGGAGUAUUGUUAAUAUUUUCAAAGAUUGGAAGGAAAGGGAGGUAGUUAGGAGUUGCUGAUAUGAAGGCAACUAAAUCAGCUGCUGGUAGAUGAGGCAUUACCUAAUUUUGUAUAGCAUUGACUCACAUUUUGUUACCAAUUUGGUAUGUUGAUCAAUACCCACACAAUCAGGUUUAGUAAUCAUUUCAAAAACUUCCUUGGAUGCUUUCAGAACAAGAGCGAAAGUGCUCCUGUUAAGAACUACUCUGGAAGAGAUUGUCAAAGACAAAAGCUUCAAGUGGAGAGAAUUGUGACAAGUUGAAGACACUGUCUUUCUCCUUCCUCUCCCCACCCGCACCCCCAGUAAAAUCCAGACAGAUGAAUUACACUGAAAUAUAUACUUGGAGAGGAUGAAAAUGCCUUUUAUUAGCAAACUAGGAACCAAGAUGUGAUACGCUUGUGAAUGCUGAAUACAGCCAUAGUUAAGAGAGGGAAGAGAUAAAGCAAAGAAAAAACAUUCAAUUUUGCUUUAUUUCAACCAACCAAUUGUCUGUACAAAGAAACAUUUAACUAAACAAUUUUGAUCACACUAUAUGAUUUAGUUAGAAGCCAAAAUAAUUUGGAUCUUGUGUUUCAGCCCAUGCUAAAACCUUUAAGAAAUUUAACAUAGUUAGUUAAGCUCCAGCAAGUUUAAGCAAUCAUACCUGACAAUUAAAACAUUGAGUUAAAACAGAACCAAAAUAUGUGAAUGGAUUUUAUUUUUUUCAUUACUUUCUGGAUAAUACCUUCCAAUUUCAAAACAUUCCAUGAAACUUAAUUCAUUAGUUUUGUACGUCUGCUGGACGAUCACUAAUCAACAAUGGAAGAAAGAAAAUUACACCGCGCCACAGAUGUGUGCACAAAUAUAACCCAAAACGCAGGCCAGACAAUAGAUUUCUUCUGCAAGUAUUUUUACAUAUUUUAAACUUGGUGUGAAUAAUAUUAUCCUGCAAAAUACUUUGCAGAAUAUUAAAGCAUGGGGGGAGGGAAGAGGGAAAACAAGAAGCUUGUCACUUCAUUCUAGGGCUGUUGCCAGCAACAGUACAAAAUAAGUAAUCUCAAGUACAAGAAUUUAUCCAAAAGCAUGAGUAGUCAUAUCAAAACUGUACGAAUAGUUUAAAAAAAAGUAGGUUUAAUUUAGGGAACAUAUAUUUGAACUAUUUAGAAAGAUUCAGCAUAAUUUCUAUAACUGCAUGGCAGAUACAGUAGAUGCACUGCAGUUAUAGCAAAUGAAGGUGCAAUAGUUUUUUGUUUCCAAUAUGUUACAGUAACAAUUAGUUGGAGUUUUAAAAAAAAAGCAACAUAUAUACUGAAAAGCUCAGGUUGAUUAUGUGCUGGGUAACCAAUACAAAAACUGAGCUCUACUUUCACAUGACAAAUAGCUAAUGUACCAAAUGAGUGAGUCAUCUUCCCAGUCAUUGGCUACAUUAUGUAAUGUGACUUUGUUCUACAGCAGGGAUAAAACUAAGUAGCACAGCAAAUUUGCUGGACAACCUAAAAA